CAUACACACACAUUAUUACGAACAUUUUAUUAAUUUGUUGCCUAAAACACAAGCUGGCGUCUUAAAUUCAUGAAAACGGAUGAAAAGUGAACCGGAAGUUGCACUUGCUAAGUUUGCUAACUAUGCUACACAGCAAACACGUACUAUUUCUUCAUGAGAAGCAUCAGUCCUUUGAAGAGCUGAGGAUCUUCACAUCAACAAAUAUCCAUUUGAGAAACCUGUUCUGGAAAACACUACAAGAAGCUCAAUCACUCUCCACCCUCCCGGGUGUGGGAUGGGGCCUGAACACUGAGGAUCCGUGAGAAAUCACUGCCCUCUGACCCUGCGCCAUGUUGCCCCUGCAUGGGCUGAAAGGGCCACUCCUGCCCCUGGUCCUGAGCCUCCUACUCGCCACCUGUGCUGAACAGGACAGCUUGGACGAUCUAGAACUUGAUGACGAGAGCAACUCCGUGAGCACAGAGAGUCCUGAGACUGUGUCUUCAGAUAUGGACAUAGUUGAUCCUCUCAGCACCUGGAUAGUCUUCAGGGAUAACUCCAAUAAGGGUGGAAACAAGAAGCCCAAACAAAAAAGAAUCUCAAAGCAUGGCCUGCCUGGUCCUCCAGGCCCUCCCGGACCCCAGGGGCCUCCUGGACCUCCUGGCCCGCUGAUGCCCAACCAGGACGAGAUAUUGGAGGACCUCCAGCUAAAGCUGAAAGAGAUGGUGGUCAGCCAGUGUGUGCUCUGUGAACAGCCCCCCCGCGUGGCCACGGCCUUCCACAGCCACCUGCACCACAAUCUGCUGGUCCAAAGACGGAGCCUGCAGGAGCUCCAGCCUUUCAGCAGCCCUUCAGAGAUGGAGCAGUUUCACCAGAGAGGCCAGGGCUUCAACGCCAGCAACGGCCGCUACACCGCGCCGGUGUCGGGGUUCUACCAGCUCACAGCCAGCCUGGUGCUGGAAUCCAGUGAGACUCAGAAAAGGACCCAGGCGCGACAGAGAGACAGCGUGAAGGCGUCCAUAUGUAUCGAAUCUCUGUGUCAGAGCAACAUGUCUCUGGAGACGGUAACAGGCGUGAGUCCUGCAGGAGGAGUGUUCAGUAUUCUGCUAACAGGAACCUUAUACCUGCAGGCUGGAGAGUACGUGUCUAUUCUAAUUGACAACGGAACAGGAUCAGCACUAACAGUCCUCCAAGACACCUUAUUUUCCGGGAUCCUUCUUGGAGUAUAAGACCUCAAACCCACCUACGCACACCAAGGGGCACAUAGACAUCCACUCACUGGUCACAUAUGCAGUUACCCAUUCAGCCUAUCGUGUAGCAGAAGCACACUGCUGGAACUGAAGCUCUGGACCUGUACACAACAAACAUCAGAACGAGGGGGGGGAAAAGGGUCUGAUCUUUAAGACUGACUGUUGGUCCCAGAUGGGCUGGUUUGAGUUUUUCAGAAACUACUGCUGCUCUUCUGCGAUUUUCACAUAAAACAUCCUGUGGAGUGGAGGCUCUGCAGGCUGAAACACCUUGUUGAUGGAGAUUAGAGGAGAGUGACUAGACUGGUCUGAGCUGACAGGAAGGAUAUAGUUAGUCUGGCUAACGCGACUUCAAAGCUCUGCGAGCAUUUGGUCUGGCAAAGCUAUUAAGCCCAACCGUUUCCCAAAGCGUGUGGUUGACCCGCCUCCCUGAAAUGCCUCAGUUUGCUACUGGUCGAAGCCAGAAAAAGCUGACACGCGACGGGGCUAACUGGUAGAUUAAACCAUAGACAUUCUAUUAUUAAACUCUUACCGAAGCCGGUCGGAAGCAAGGCGAAAACGUCCUUCCUUUCAAUAAAUACCUCCAGGGCUGCUCUUUGCUCCGUUUUCAAUGAGAACUUCCCGUUGAAUGCUUUCAAUACAGCAUUCGUGAAUGAAGCGCUUCCGGUCGCAGUUCUACUACGUCACUGCCUUGAACACGCCUCUACCCAGGGCCGUUGGAGAUGCUUGAAGUUGACUGGCUCCUGAUUUUUUGGGAGCUUGGAAAAGCUGUAGAUAGCUUGCCUUGCCAGACUAAGUUCGCAACAGGUCCUCAUGUUGCGUCACACUUGGGAUGGGCGGGCCCAGGCUAGGAUAUAGUAACUCAAAUGAGACAGUCAGUGACAGUGGGGGCCACCUUGUGCAAUAAAUGUUGCAAGCUAUAUGCACCCUACCUUCAUGCUAGAAAGAAGCAAAAUCAGUGAAGAAUUGAGGGAGAAGCAGCACUUUCCAUGGAAACUGCUCGUUAGGGCUUAAUUGCUCCAUAUCUUCAUUAUUAAUUGCAAUUAUGCAAAUUUGAGGGAGAAGAAGCGAUUCUGGACAACACAUGACAGCUGAAGAUUGGAAAAAGACCAGGUGACCUUAAGAUCAGCUGUCCAGUUUGUGCUCAUGAUAGCCUCAGAGAUGCUUUUCUGCUCACCACGGUUGUAAAGAGUGAUUAUCCGAGUUACUGUAUAGACCUUCCUGGCAGCUCAAACUAGAGCUGGGCGAUAAAUCGAUUAAUUCGAUUUUACAGUUAAGGACGAUGUGUUUUUAUGAAUCAGUUUUCUCUCAGUUUUAACUUCCGACGCUCCCCUCUGUACACACAAACAACAUGGCAGCAAUUGGGGGAAAGGAGUAACUUCCUCCGUGAUCUGGAAUUGGUUCGGUUUUGCGGCGUCGGACGCAGAGCAAACAAGUCCUCGUUGUAAGGCGUGUUUGAAAACGGUUGCUUCCAGAGGAAGCAGCACGACGAAUUUAUUCCAACUCCUUAAACAGAAGCAUGCAGUGGAGCAGGAGAAGUGCUGCUCCCAGCCGCAGCACGAGCGCAUCAUCCAAAGUAAAGCAAGCAACCGUCCCGGCCACGUUUUCGAACUGUGUGCCUUAUGAUAAGAAUGGGGCGCAGUGGAAGGCAAUCACAGAUGCUAUCGUGAUGUUCUCAUCUACAAGCUUGUUUUUUGGUUUCUGGUUGCACUUUAACUACAAAGGGGAAAUUUAAGUGAAAACACAAAUGGUUCAAAACAAGUUUUGUCAUCUGUAGUUUGAUUUUUAGUGAAAAAAAAUCCAGAUUUUUUUUUUAAGGCCAUAUUGCCCAGCUCAAACCAAUCUGGCCAUGUUUCUUACCAACAAGGCACUUCCACCUAUAGAACCAUCGCUCCAUCCUGUGUGAAAUACUCAAACCAGCCCCUCUGAUACCAAACAUCAACACCAUGGUUAAAGCCACCGAGAUUUUUUUUUUUUUCCCCCCCCUUCAUCCUGAUGUUUGAUGAACGUUAACUGAAGCUCUUGGACCUGUAGGAUUUUAUGCGUUGUGUUGCUGCCACAGGAUUGGUUGACUUUAGAUAACUGCAUAAAUUUAGCAGUGUUCCUAAUAAAGUAGAGGGUGAGUGGUCAAAGAGAGCGCUAAAUACAAAUAGUUACCAGUCUUUCCCAGAUUUCAAUACAUAUUUCUUCGCUUGUACUUCAGGAAUCAUAUCAGCAGUAAUAAUUAUGGCAUUUCCCCAAGUAUCUACACCAAGACGCUUUAGCAUCUAAAAACAUUUCCACCUUGACAGCGGGUUAAUUACACAACUUUGACAUUUAAUCGUCUGUCCAUAGAGUUGUAUGUAUUUUUUUUUUUUUUCACGUGCUGGGUUUAUAUGCUACAGCUGUCCACCGAACAGGAUAAAGAAAUUUAUAUACAUAUUUAUUUAGCAAUUUUGAAAAGUGUGAAUGUUUUAAUAAAAA